UAUGGCAACCUGCAGAAGCCAAAUUUAAUCGUCCCCCUGGAACCGCGGGUGCGUGGCUGGCUUCCACAUCGCGUACAUGGCGCUAUACGAGCUCUUUUCUCACCCCAUUGAGCGCAGCUACCGCGCGGGGCUCUGUUCCAAGGCCGCGCUGUUCCUGCUGUUGGCUGCCGCACUCACAUACAUCCCGCCGCUGCUGGUGGCCUUCCGGAGCCACGGCUUCUGGCAGAAGCGCAGCAGUUACGAAGAGCAGCCGACCGUGCGUUUCCAGCACCAGGUGCUGCUGGUGACCCUGCUGCAACCCGAGCCCGGAGGCUUCCUGGCCUGGAGCACAUUCCCCGCCUUCAACCGGCUGCAGGGAGACCACCUGCGUGUCCCGCUGGUUACGACUAGAGAAGAAGACAGGAACCAGGAUGGGAAAAUGGACAUGUUACAUUUUAAACUGGAGCUUCCCCUGCAGUCCAUGGAGCAUGUUGUUGGUGUACAGCUCAUUCUAACUUUCUCCUACCAAUUACACAGGAUGUCAACAUUUGUGAUGCAGAGCAUGGCAUUUCUCCAGUCCUCCUUCCCUGUACCAGGAUCCCAGUUAUAUGUGAACGGAGACCUGAGGCUACAGCAGAAGCAGCCCCUAAGCUAUAGUGGCCUAGAUGUCCGGUACAAUGUGUCUAUCAUCAAUGGAACUAGUCCUUUUGCCUCUGACUAUGACCUCACCCACAUUAUUGCUGCCUACCAGGAAAGGAAUGUCACCACCAUUUUGACUGAUCUCAACCCCAUCUGGCUAGUGGGAAGGGCUGCUGAAGCUCCAUUUGUGAUUAAUGCUGUCAUCCGAUACCCCACGGAAGUCAUUUCGUAUCUACCAGGAUUCUGGGAAAUGAUAAAGUUUGCCUGGAUCCAGUAUGUCAGCAUCCUGCUUAUCUUCCUCUGGGUGUUUGAAAGAAUCAAAAAAUUUGUGUUUCAAAAUCAGGUGGUGACCACAAUCCCCUCUCAAGCAAAACUCUACGGAGAGCUGUAUAAGGAGCAUUUUUCAUAACUCUAAGUUGGAUCUUAGCUACCUCAUUGUUGUCUUCUGAGAAUUGCCAUAUUAGGACACUUCCGAGAAGCACCCGUGUAUACCUACCAAUGUGUAUGUGUUUCUUAUCAGAGACAAACAACAAUAUUACUAACUUUUCUCUACACAAACUCCAUAUCUUCUAAGCACCUACCAAAUCGUCAGAGACUACUUUGUGGAAAGGUCUGAAGUUUCCUGAAAGCUAUAAUUUGCUCCCCUCCCCACUUUUUUUUUUCUUUCUUAUACUUGAGUUUCAGGAGAAAACUACAAUCAAUUCAGAUAUCUUGGAAAGAGUCCCAUCUCUGGUGAAGCAGUGACUUUUCCUUAAACUGAGGAACAAGCUAAGCAUUUCUUCCUCUUGUUGUAAACCACUUUUGACUCUUUUUCAGCUUUCUCUUGUGAUAGAUAUGCAAAUCACUAGCACUCUCCACUCCUGGGCAUAUAAAUUUCCCAGUCAGAACUUGCAUUUUCAGAACUGAGAUUCCUUUCACUAAAGAACUGGAGAGAAUAAGUGCUGGAGAGCACGUGUAUGCAGUGCUUAAGGGUGGGCAACUUGAGGACACCAAGACCUUCCACCUGCCCUCAGUGGAACAUACAAUCAGUCAUCUGUCAUCAGCCCAGCUGAACAGCCCUUCCUCCCUUCCCUGCCUUAGCCUUUGGCUGGACCGUUGCCCUGCCUUUUGCCCUCUGUCUGUGCCCCUAGAAUGGCUGACUGAAGUCAGAAGUGCUAUUUCAUUCACAAUCCCCUCAGCACCAGUGGGGGAAGUAGGAUUGUAACAACAGGUUCUUUCUUUCUGGCCUUCACCCAACAGCCUGGACAUUUGCCACCCCUCCCCCUUGACAGCCCUCUCUCUUCCUGAAAAGGACAUGGGUGACAGAGGAGCUGUUGUUGGUGUUGGCUCCCACUGCCUCAACAACCACAGUUCAUUUGGAAGGCCAGCAAGAAACCCAGCUACUUUCCCUUGAGGAAGGGACAAGGGUACCCUGCAGAGUGGGUAGCAUUAAGGAGGACACACAUGUAGCAGUGGGGGAAUUAAAAGGAUAUUAGUCCAGCCAACCCAAUUCAGCUUGGCCAUUAACAGCAGGAUGACAAGGAGUACAGCUAGCUUUCCCUCCUGACUGAGUAUUUGAAGAACAGCUGUUAGAGGCCUUGCUUGUACAAGAAAGACCUGUUCUCAUUCUCAUCCUGUGGAGAAAUACAAUUUGGAUCUGCUUUAUGAUCUGGAGAGAUGAUUGUUACUGGAAGGGUAUGCCCAAGCACUAACAGUCUUCAGUAUGUGCUUCAGUUUGCCUCGGGGAUGCCUUUUCUUGUUUCAAGGCUUUCUGUUUACCUAACUUUUUUUCCCCUUCAGACUAUGUGUGCAUGCAAAGCAUGCACUCUAUCACUGAGAGACAACCCAAGCUUCUUGGAAGCUUAUUAUUAUUAUUUUUUUUAAGGUUAUUGCUGGGGCUCAUUGCCUGUACUAUGAAUCCACUGCUCCUAGUGGCCAUUUUCUUUUCUUUUUUCUGUUGGAUAGGACAGAGAGAAAUUAAGAGGGGUGUGUGUGGGGGGGAAGAUAGAGGGGGGAAAAAGAUAGACAUCCACAGGCUUGCUUCACCACUUAUAAAGUGACCCCCCUGCAGGUGGAGAGCUAGGGACUUGAACCAGGAUCCUUGCACUUCAUUACAUGUGUGCUUAACCUGGUGGGCCACCACCUGGCUCCGCCUCUUGAAUGCUUUAAGUUAUUGAGUUGUAAUAAGAUCUGGAAAGAAAAUUGUCUUAAUGCGAAUUUUGUAUAAGGAAACAACGUUUUAUAACUUUUUGAUUAAAUGUUCAAAAUGGAAAGUUU